UAGUUUAAUAAUCUGCUCUUGGGUCUACACUUUGUCCUCCUUCAGGCGAGGCAAUGUUAUAAUAAAAACACUUGCGACAAGAGCAACUCAUUCAUCUGUGACACACAGGAGAUAAAUAGUCUUUGCAGAGGAAUAGGUUGUGAAAAUGGAGUCUUUGUCUGCAGCAAACACACAAUUCUCUCUCAAUGUGUUUAAGAAGAUCAGUGAGAUAAACACUAGUGGAAAAAAUGUCUUCUACUCUCCUCUCAGCAUCUCCUCGGCUCUUGCCAUGGUGUCACUUGGUGCUAAAGGAAACACAAAAGAUCAGAUCUUACAGGUUCUGUGUCUUAACAAAUGUGGACCAGCAGUUCUGCACCAGAGCAAGAAACCUAAGACAGCUGAUCAGGAGGACCAAAUUCAUUCCAGCUACAACAAACUCAUGAGCGAGUUGAACAAACCAGGAGUCCCAUAUAUGUUGAGUCUUGCCAAUCGUCUGUAUGGAGAGAAAUCCUAUCAGUUUAUUGAUAAAUUCAUUAGUGACUCACAAAAAUACUACCAGGCUGGACUGGAGUCUGUGGACUUCAUAAAAAACUCAGAAGCUGCACGCGUCAACAUCAACAACUGGGUGGAGGAAAACACACAAGGGAAGAUCAAAGACUUGCUGGCACAGGGGAUCCUCAAUGAUUUGACUCGUUUGGUUUUGGUGAACGCCAUCUACUUCAAAGGGAACUGGGAGAAAAAAUUCCCAAAGGAAGCCACAGUUGAUCAACAGUUUAAAGUGAACAAGAAUGAAACUAAACCAGUGAAGAUGAUGAAACAGGAGUCAGAGUUUCCUUUGAUCUUCGUCCCAGAGGUGAACAGUAAGAUCCUGGAGCUGCCGUAUGUCGGGAAGAAUCUGAGUAUGUUGAUCAUCCUUCCUGAUGAGAUUGAAGACGACACCACUGGACUUCAGAAGCUGGAGAAAACGCUGAACUAUGAGAAGCUCAUGGAGUGGACCAAACCUGACAACGUGGAACUACUAGACGUCCAGAUAUCUCUGCCUCAAUUCAAGCUGGAAGAAACUUAUGACAUGAAGAAUCUACUGGUGAAACUGGGAAUGGUGGAUGCUUUUGAGAAGGAAAAGGCAAAUUUUUCAGGCAUGUCCCCCAAAAAUGAUCUGGUGGUGUCUGAGGUGAUUCAUAAAUCCUUUGUUGAAGUCAAUGAAGAAGGAACAGAAGCAGCUGCAGCUACUGGUGCUGUCAUGAUGCUACUAAGCUACACACCUCCACAGAUCUUCAAUGCUGAUCAUCCCUUCCUGUUCUUCAUCCGACACAAUCCCACCAACACCAUUCUGUUUUAUGGACGCUUCUGCUCUCCAUGAGCUCCUGCUGAUAGUUUGACCUUCUGAAGAGCUCUAGACUGGGGUUCUGGUCAUGAGCUGUGUGCAGUAUCUCAUAUCUAAUCAAAGCUUUCAGUUAUAAGAAUAGUUUAUAAAUGCAUAUGAUGUGUUUAUAUACUGAACAUAACCAAAUGUUUUUUCCUAUCCUUGCAGAUUAUUUUGUGAUAAACGAAAUAAGUGCAUUUUCAUUUGUUGAAAUAAUGUGAUGUCACAGACCAUAAUAAAGAAUACCAGGGAGCAUGCUUUUAAACAAUAUUAAAAAUUGAACUAAACAUUACUGAUACUUUACAUGUAAGGCAAGUACUUCAUAUGUAGAUCUUGUAAUUGUGAUAAAUAAAAAUAAUAUCAAUAAAACAACAUUUUAGAACUGUAAUCAGGGCUGCUUUAAACAUUCGUGCUCUCAGUUAAAAUAAGUGCACAGUCAAAAUCAUAAGAUGGUAACAUUAGUGUGCCACCAUAUAAUGUAAAUAGUGGGCACAAGAAAACAGCGUAAUAACUAUAAAAAAGUAGAAGUAUUGUUUGAGUCAACAAAAAGUUUUUUUUUUUAAUGCAAACGUUUUGAUACAACAUAGGGAAAUGUAUUCAUUCUACAUGAAGAUUGGAAUGAAAGGCUUAACACAGUAUAAUCAAAAAGCAUAUUCUAGGACUGUCAAAAAAAUUAUUGUAUACAAAUUAAAAGUUUUUGCAAAAUUUA